AUGCUUGGUUUCGAUAAUCUAGAUCUUGUAGCGAACCUGUUAGAAGAGCGUUCUACUAUCCUUGCCGAGGCACAACGAAGGCACAUCGAAGAGACUCUUAAGGCAAAUGCCUCUAGGCCUCUUUGGACAGGUGUGGCCGCCCCCGCCCCUGAGGUUCUGCCUCAUGUGUACACUUCUGCCUUGAUGGUGCAGGGUAAUGUACUCUCCCAAUACGGUAGCAAAUAUACGCUCCCGAUUGGUACUACGCGGCAUGAUCAUGAGGACUACGAGGAGGUUAUAAUACCCCCAGCCAAGCCUGUGCCGCCGCGAGCAACAGAAAGGCUAAUGCGUGUGGAUGAGUUGGAUGAAUUGUGCAAAGGAUCGUUCCCCGGUUAUGAGAGUCUGAAUCGUAUACAGUCAAUCGUGUACCCUACAGCCUACGGUUCGAACGAGAAUAUGUUGGGCAAAACAGAUGUAGCGAUGUUGACUGUCCUUCGUGUGCUUGACCAAAAUCGGAACAAAGAAUGCAUCAAACCGAGCUCACUUGCUUGGACGAUCAACAAAGGAGACUUCAAGAUCAUUUACGUUGCUCCCAUGAAAGCUCUCGCAUCCGAGAUCACGCGGAAGCUCGGUAAACGGCUCAAGUGGCUGGGUAUCAAUGUUCGAGAACUGACGGGUGAUAUGCAGAUGACAAGACAAGAAGUUUCUGAAACCCAGAUCAUUGUGACCACGCCUGAGAAAUGGGAUGUGGUUACCAGGAAGCCCACGGGAGAAGGAGAGAUUGCUUCAAAAGUCAAACUCCUGAUUAUCGACGAGGUCCAUUUGCUUAAUGACGAGCGCGGGGCAGUGCUCGAAACCAUCGUGGCUCGCACUCUGCGGCAGGUCGAAUCAACCCAAUCGGUCAUUCGGAUCGUUGGGCUUAGUGCCACUCUUCCAAACUAUGUCGACGUCGCCGAAUUCCUGAGUGUCUCCAAGCAAACGGGGCUCUUCUAUUUCGACUCCUCCUUUAGGCCUGUUCCACUCGAGCAACAUUUCAUUGGCAUUCGCGGCAAAUCUGGCAGCGCCUUGCAAAGGAAAAGGCUCGACCAAACCACCUAUCACAAAGUUGAAGAACUCGUCAACCGGGGCCAUCAGGUCAUGGUCUUCGUUCAUGCUCGUAAAGAAACAGUCAAGUCCGCGCUGGCGCUACGGGAGGCGGCUUUGGCGGAGGGAAUCCUGGAACAUUUCAGUUGCGAAGAUCAUCCUCAUUGGUCGAAAUUUCGGAGCGAUAUUGGGCAAUCAAGAAACAAGGAGAUGAAGCAACUGUUUGACAACGGCUUUGGUAUUCAUCAUGCCGGCAUGCUUCGGUCCGAUAGAAAUAUGAUGGAGCGCAUGUUUGAAGCUCGGGCGAUAAAGGUUUUAGUAUGUACUGCGACCCUUGCUUGGGGCGUGAACCUGCCUGCACAUGCGGUCAUCAUCAAAGGCACUCAGGUGUACAAUAGCUCCAAAGGUUCUUUUGCGGACCUAUCAGUACUGGACGUACUGCAGGUAUUCGGACGUGCUGGUCGUCCCGGACUGGAAGAUAGUGGCGAGGGCUAUAUAUGUACCACGGACGACAAACUGGAUCACUAUCUGAACGCGGUCACGUCGCAAAAUCCAAUCGAGUCACAGUUCACAGCAGGCAUGGUGGAUGCUCUGAACGCCGAGGUUGCUCUUGGCACCGUUGCCAGCGAAGCUGACGCGAUACAGUGGCUCGGCUAUACGUAUUUGUUCGUACGAAUGCGCAAAAACCCGUCCCAAUACGGUUUACCCCGUGAGGAGCCUGCGGACGAUCCUCAGCUAAUCAACAAGCGGAGGCAACUUGUAACAAGCGCUGCUCGCCAACUUCAGGAGGCCAGAAUGGUGGCUUACGAUGACCAAAAGGGCACAUUGACCAUUACAGACCUUGGCAGGAUUGCCGCAAGAUAUUACAUCAGGGUUGCUUCAAUCGAAAUAUUCCACAAGCAUUUCAAGGCCGAGAUGACAGAGGCUGACGUCCUAGUGAUGCUCAGCAUGAGUACCGAAUUUGACCAGAUACAAUUGCGGGAAUCAGAAAUAGAGGAGCUGGAGAGACUGAAUGAGGGCAUACCUUGCGACGUCAAUCUGAAGAAUAGCGGCCCCAGCAUCGACAAUAGUCAGGCCAAGGUCAACAUCCUCCUUCAAGCCUACAUUUCAAACGCAUACGUUGACGAUUUUGCACUGGUCUCUGACAUGGCCUACGUUGCCCAAAACGCGGGUCGGAUUGUUCGCGCCCUUCUCGAAAUGGCAAUUAGCCGCAAGUGGGCUAGCGUCAGUGCCACGCUCAUGGGCAUGAGUAAAGCCAUCGAAAAACGCAUGUGGCCAUUCGAGCAGCCCCUCAAACAGUUCCCACUCAAGGCGGAAGUAUUGUACGGAUUAACCCAGUAUGCGGACCAGUAUACCCCCGCAGAGCUAUCCCAGAUGCAAGCAGCGGAACUUGGUCAGCUCAUCCAUCUCAACGAAAGGCAUGGAGCGGCUCUCCUGUCUGCAGCGCAGCAAUUUCCUACAGCGCGCAUUACCUACAGACUCCGACCUCUUGGAUUUGAUAUCUUGAGAAUCGCUACCGGGAUAGAGAGAGCCUUUAGUUGGGCAACGAAACUCCAUGGCUCGGCAGAACCCUUCUGGAUCUGGGUGGAAGACGAGGAGGGUGUUUUCAUACACCAAUCCGCAUAUCUUACUUUUAGAGAAGGGUCCAGCUAUCUGAAUGCGGAUUUCAUCAUACAAAUUCCUCUCGGUCAAGUCCCAUCGUCAGUAACAAUUCGCUUCGUGUCGGACAGGUGGAUGGGGGCGGAAGAGGAAGUUAGGGUCCCGCUGGACACGCUAGCGAUGCCAACCCCGUUCAACGGCCACACCCGUCGCUUGGAUCUCCCGUUUCUUGGUCCUUCAAUUUGUGGUUACCCUCCGCUUCAGCGUGCGCUCACUCGUCGAUUGUCUAGCUUCAAUGCUAUACAGACACAAGUGGCUUGGAGCCUUCUACAAACGAGACAGCACUCGUUGCUGUGCGCACCAGCCGGUAGCGGCAAGUCUUCAAUGUCGCACGCCUCGAUUCUGCAUACCCUAGUUCAAGUUCCGGAUACGUGGGCAUUGCUCGUGUCUCCGACAAGGAGUUCUGCUUUGGAAGCGACAUCGGACUUACGACGACUGUCUGCUGAUCUGGGAAUAUCAGUAGAGCUCAUCCAGGACACAUCCGUAUUCUCCGAUGUCGAAAGGACAACGAUUCGCGUAGUAACUGCAGGACCCCUAUUGGAAGCAUUCUCGCGUCAACCACCGCGGCAACUGUUGGCCUCCCUCCGUCUGGUCGUACUUGAGAACCUCGAAGAACUCGACCCCACGUACGAGCUCGCCAUUGCCGAGCUACGUCACGCGAGUUGUUCAACGGCGACACGAUUUAUCGGGGUGUCCAAUUCCUUGGCAGAUCCCAGGGACGUUGCAAGCUGGCUUGACGUCGACCCGUUCGCGCUGCACAGUUUCCGACCCCGAGAUCGUGAUCAGGCACUCAGCCAGAAUAUCCAGUCCUUCAACAUCCCGCAGCCCGCUGCUCUCAUAAAGGCCAUGGCAAAACCCGCGCAUGCAGCUAUCUGCGAGGCAUCCACUAACGAUGGAGCUAUCGUAUUUGUACCUUCUCGCGGACAAUGCAGGUCAAUCGCGACGGAUCUCAAUACUCAGGCGACGCUGAAGAACCCGACCGGGCGAGGGUACCUGACAGCACAUGUCUCUGACAACCACCUGGAGUACUGGAAGGCACUUUUACAAGACAAAACAUUGUACGACCUCAUCAGUCGAGGAAUCGGGAUCUUCCAUGACGGCAUCCACAAGGCGGAUAGGAAACUGAUGCUCGAUCUCUACAUUGAAGGGCACCUGAGGGUCCUCAUCAUACCGCGCGAGGCAUGCCGCACUGUCCCAAUCCGUGCAGCCGUUGUGGUCGUCAUGGGAACACAGUCUAUCCAAUACGAUCCGUCCACUAGGAAACGCCACACAACGGAAUACAGUGUUCAGGAUAUCGUGCGGAUGCAGGGACUUGCUGUUCGGCACAACCUAUCCGGUCAUUUUUACCUCUUUUGUCACACCGAGAGCAAAGACGCCUAUACCAGGUUCUUGGAGGAUGGAAUACCCUUGGAAUCUAGGCUACUUGAGACAGAUCACCUUCAAAAAUGGUAUAGGUCCCGUAAACAGGCGGGUACGAUAACGGACAAAGAUCAAGGAGUGAAAGCAUUAAGCUGGACUUUGCUCACGAGGCGUAUUGCAAGCAAUCCUGCUUACUAUGAUAUCGAAUCCUACUCCGGAAACGACAACUUGUCACGCAUCAUAGACAAAUUAGACGAAGCAUCAAUGUCAGCACCAUAG